AUGGAGCCAUUGAUCACAGACGAGAAGCCCCGGUAUGCUCGUCUACAUGGCGAUGAUGAGAACGUCCCCGAGAACCCAGAGGCAUUAGCCCUCAUACGGAAGUGGAAACGAAGAUUCUACGUCCUUCUCGCUUCAUCUCUGUCCUUCAUCACAAUUAUCUUCGGCGUUGGAGUCUACAGCAUCUUGUCAUUGCAAGAUUCUCCGGCUCCAGUUCAAUACGUCAACAAAUGGCUAACCGGUGACCCGGACACCAAAAAGUUCAUGGGCAAACCUCGCCCUGAACUCGACCAGGCAUGGCAUGACCUACUCGAUAGUACUCUGAUCAAGUACUCAGCCGAUGAGCUUUUCCUCGCCAAUAACGCCACAUCUGUUCAGCACAAAGACGGUGGUUUUGUUGGCGGACUGGGGAUUUCCCAUUCGUUGCACUGCCUUAAACGACUAAAGCAAUACAUUCAUCGGGACUACUAUUACGACCAUGAGACGCAAGAUUGGGACGAGCUCUACUCACACGUCGACCACUGUCUCGAGUCGCUGCGGCAAGAGAUCCUAUGCAACGCCGAUGUGAACGUCUACACGCUCAAGUGGACGCCUCACAGUCGGUUCAAGCCUACGGUAAAGGUACCGCAGCCCCAUGCUUGUGUCGAUUGGGAGGCGCUGCAUGGGUGGAUGAAGGGAAGACAGGCUAGGUUGGAGGAUAUGGUUGGUCCGCCGGAGAGCUUGUUUGAGGGGAAGGACUCCAAGGAGAAAGGGGCAAUGUCCGCAAACGAUUACUACCACAACACCAACUCCUCCACCAGCCACACCUCCGGAGAUACUCAACAAACUUCCAACCAGUCCCAUAGCUCACACAGCUAUCCUCCCCAAGGCCAAACCCAGCUGCACUCCUACGACAACCACGGUAACCACCACGGACACUUCCAACUCCAAGACCACGCCGGUCGUCGUCGCAGCUCCGCCAUCUCCAUUCCUGCCGGGGCCGCAGGCGUCAGCUUGAAUCCCCAUCUUGCCCAGGGCUCGUUCCUCCAGCACCAGGUUCCGAACAACACGCCUGCCGCUGCCAAUGCCAACUUUAACUGUACCUCUUCCGGAUCCGGAUCGGGUCAUCCUAAUACCAGCCACUUUUGUCCUGUUGGUCACGAGUCGACCGCUACCACGAAACAUGGUAUAAACGGCAACGGUCCCGACACCCUUCACCAUCCCGAUGGCCCAGACGGAGAAAGAGGUCUCGGCGCCACCCUCGUCGGCGGAGCCAGUGGUCAUUUCCUUGCCCAUCAACUCGGUCACGGCCAUCACGGUGUCGUCGGAAGCACAGCGGGAGCAGUAGCUGCCAAUUUGCUAGAGCACCAAUUGAAGAAGAGCCACAAUCAGCAUGCUCAUGAUUUGGGACACAGCGGUGGAGGAGGGGGGUUAAGUGGAAUGUUUGGUGGUAGUAAUGGUGGACAUCAUGGUGGACAUCAUACGCUUCAGCAGCAGACGCAGCAGCAUCAAUAUCCUACUACCCACGCGGGUUCUGGAGGACAUGGACAUGGACAUGGCUAUGAAUAUGAAUAUGGAGAUGAUCAUGGACAGGGAGGGGUGAAUCAGGGAGGUUAUGGUCAUGGAAAGCAUCACAAGUGGGGGUUGUAG